GUGAACUUUUCUAUUUCAAUGCAAUUAAAAUUGUAAGAAUAUUAUCAAACCAUACGAAAAUGUUUCCCCGUUAUUUUUUCGUUUUUGGACUUCUGCUUUUUUUCUGCAUUAUUUUGAAGGCUCGAGCAUAUCAAGAUGAUUUGGAAAAUCAAGCGCCCGAAGAUCGUUCGUUCAUUACAAAAGCUCUAGAAAAAUUGGCGAGAAAAGGAUUAGAAGGAGCUUUUGGUGAAAAAUUAGGAGGAGCAGCAUCCAGUUGCAUAGAGGCUGCUAUUGAACAGUGUAAACAAGAAUUAAGACAUAUCAAAAAAAUGAUCAAAUGCGCCGGUCAAUAUUUCAAAGAAGAUGAAGGUGAAUGUUUAAUUCCAUGAAUUGAAUACUCUAGUACUGUUACAAAUUUUUUAAUUGUUCAAUUUUAAUUUGUAACAGGUAAUGAUAAUAAAUACUUUUGUUUUCAUUGA